GAAUAAGACACAUGCUUGGAAAUUACAAGAUCGAGACAUUUUUAUAGUGUUUUGAUAUUCUUUUGGUUUAACGUCAAAAUAGUCAUUAUUCUCGAAAGGAAACUGGAUAUAAAUGACAGAACGGCUUAGUUUGCUGAAAAAAAUUGUUAAAAAAAGUAAGAAAGUGAAAAAGUAAUCGCUUGUUAAUCGUCAAUAAUCGAUAUUUCGAUAUUUUUUUCAAAAAGCAAUCGUCCACCGUUACAGAGAAAUCCGUCAGGGAAGUACGAGUCGGGGGUAAUGGCGGGCUAUGCGAUAACAAAUUAAAGUAAAUUGAAAAUUUUCAAUUUUGUGAGGGUUGUUGAACGGAGAAAGAACUAUUCUUCGCGCAAAUGGCCAGUACUUCACGUGAUAGUCCCAGUAAAAGAGCUUUGGAAGCCCCUGAAGAAGAAAGGCAACAAAAGAGGCCAAGAUUUGUAUCCGAUAUUUCAGAAAACUCCGAACAAGAAGAUAUAGAAAGUGGCAAUGUUGGUCAGUCAGAGGGUAAUUCACCGGAAGUUAUUUACCAACUGAGUUCUGAUAAUGAUGAGUCAUUGUUGAAUGCACUAGAGGAACAGAGUUCAAAUGAUGAAAAAUCAGAAGUAAAUGUUGGGUCUAAACAAGAUGAUAGCAGUGAAGAAGAAAGUGACGAUGGAAUGAAAUCAGAAAGCAAUGAUGAUAGGAAGGAAGGUACAACUCAGAGAGGAUUUAAAGAAACCAAGGGAAGAAAGUUAUCGCCUAUUAGCAUGGACGAACCAGAUGUUGGUACCUCCAAGGACACAGAAAAACGAAAACGGCUUGAAUCAAGUGACUACACUGCAAAAACGAUGGAAGAUCUUGAAGAUCUGCAAGAGGACCUUCACAAAGAACUUGCAGAAAUUACAGGACUUCACAAGCGUAAACACAAGAAAGCAGGUUCGUCGAGCCAUCGAGAGAAACGACACAAGGAGAAGACAGCAUCAAGGCAUAAAGAAAGAGAGAAAGGAAAAGAUGCAAGGAAUAGUGACCAAAGGGAUAGGCAAAAGGAGCGAGGAAAAGAAAGAGAACGAGAAAAGGAUAUAAAACAGAGAAGUGGUGAAAAUCAUGGUGACUUCAAAAGAGAGGUAUCACUGAGUGGUCGUAAUGAUCAUGAUAAGGGAAGAAAAUAUCAUGAAACAGAUGACAAGCCAUGGUCGUACGACUCCAGAAAAGCGAGAUCUCAAAAGGAGGAGAGAAAGGAGCACCAGGAGCGACAUUGGAUGGAAACCCGCCUUGAGAGAACAUCAAGUAGAUCAGAAAUGAAAAGUGUUGUGGAAAGGAAAGUACGAAAAGAGUCAAAGGCUCCAAAAGAGGUUGAAUCCAAAGCGAAGGAGACAAAAACAGUACAAACGUCGAAGGAAACAAAAACAGGACAGAAAGAAACAAAACAAGGACAGUCUUCAAAGGACCUAAAAACAGGGCAAACAUCAUCAAAGGAAACAAGCAAAGAGCCUAUAAAGAAAGGAAUAAUGAGUGAAUCAUUGAGAGAACUUGUGAGACAAAGUAUUAAAGAUAACAAAGAUCUUGCUCAAGAGGUUGUCGAAGAGGAAGAAAGUGACGCGGAUAGCCCUGGACCGUUUUUUCCGGGUGAGACUUCUGAUGUCAGCUCAAUCUCAGCCACUGAAGGAGGUGACAUUGAUGAUGAUGAUAGUGAUGAUUUAGAUGAUUUGGAUGAUUUGGAUGAUGAUGAUGAUGAUGAUAAGCCCGUCAAGAAGGAAAAGUCACCUGAACUUCCUAAAUUACCACCAUAUCUUCCUGCAAUUCGCGGCUGUAGGAGUGUUGAAGAAUUUCAAUGGCUCAAUAGGAUUGAAGAGGGUACUUAUGGGGUUGUGUAUCGUGCAAAAGAUAAACGAACAGGAGAGGUUGUAGCAUUAAAGAAAUUAAAGAUGGAAAAAGAAAAGGAAGGUUUUCCUAUAACAUCAUUACGGGAGAUCAACACUCUGUUAAAAUCACAGCAUCCAAACAUUGUUACAGUACAGGAGAUUGUUGUUGGAAGUAAUAUGGAUAAGAUUUACAUUGUGAUGGAUUUUGUUGAGCAUGAUUUGAAAGCAUUAAUGGAAACCAUGACCCAGUCAUUUCUUGCAGGUGAAAUUAAAACAAUAAUGAUUCAGUUAUUACGAGCUGUUAACCACCUUCAUGACAAUUGGAUCCUUCAUCGGGACAUAAAGACAUCAAACUUAUUGCUGAGUAAUAAAGGUAUUCUCAAGGUGGGUGAUUUUGGUCUAGCACGUGAAUAUGGCUCACCAUUGAAACCUUAUACCCCUGUUGUGGUUACCCUGUGGUACAGAGCACCAGAAUUACUGUUAGGAGCAAAGGAAUAUUCAACACCUAUUGAUAUCUGGUCAGUUGGUUGCGUUUUUGCAGAACUUCUGACAAUGAAGCCUUUGUUUAAUGGUCAAUCAGAGAUUGGCCAAAUCAAUAAAAUUUUCAAAGAAUUGGGAACACCAAGUGAUAAGAUCUGGCCGGGUCCACCAGCCUAUUCUGAACAUCCAGCAACAAAGAAAAUGAAUUUUGCUGAAUAUCCUUACAACAGUCUGCGUAAUAAAUUUGGUGCAACUCUUACGGAUAAUGGUUUUGAACUGCUGAACAGUUUUUUGACGUAUGAUCCAAGUCGGAGAAUAUCAGCUGAAGAUGCACUAAAACAUGAGUACUUCAAGGAGUCACCAAGUCCUGUGGAUCCAUCAUUGUUCCCUUCUUGGCCUGCUAGAAGUGAAGGUGCUAAAAGAGCGAAAAAAUCCAGUCCCAAAGCACCUGAAGGGGGAAACUUCUAUAAAUCAUUGUCAGAGGAUGGUGAUGGUGCAUUUUACAUGCCAGCUGAUAAAUCCCAGGGUGCUGCUGUACCUGGAUUUACACUCAAGUUUUGAUGAAGCUCCAGCUUUUCUAAGAUGUUCCACCAGGGAUAUAGCUUGCAAUGUACCUUAAAGUAUGAACAAAUGUUUUUAGUUCUGAUACUCAUUCAAACACUUUGGAGCUGUAGCACAAUUAAUAUACAUACCAGAUUAAAGUUAUAACUUGUAUGACUGCACAGAACAAUGUAAGUAAUGUACUUUUCAUCUAUAAA